CUAUUCUCUAUUUAUAUCUAUGCUAUAACCAACUUAACCUGUCAGCUGUAGGCCUACCGUGUCCCUAUUGACCACUAGCACUGUAGUACAGUCUGUACACUAAAUUGCUUUAGGUUAUAGGCUAAAGGAUGUACAGGAUAUCCCUGCACACUAGACACACUCUAAGAUGGCCGCUCUCCUCGUGUGUACAGGAGCAGUGUAGACAAUGGCCUCAUCAGUCAGUGUUGAUUGGAGCAUCCCCUCACACCACCAUGCAUCUCAGUGUCUCCUCUAGGUCCCUCGCCUUCUCCCCUCUGGAUAUGAUUCGCAAGGCUAAACCCACCAUCAUCACAGACCCCACCCAACUGGACACCAGUUUUGCUGACGUGGCAGGGAUGGAGGAAGCAAAGAACGAAGUGGUUGAGUUCGUGGACUACCUCAAGUAUCCACAACGCUACUCAGAGCUGGGAGCACGGACACCCAAGGGGGCACUAUUAUACGGCCCCCCAGGGACUGGCAAGACUCUACUAGCACGUGCACUAGCGGCCGAGGCGUGUGUUCCCUUCCUCUCCAUCGCUGGGUCGGACUUUGUGGAGGUGUACGCAGGCACUGGGGCAGCCAGGGUUCGUGACCUCUUCAGCCAGUCAAGGAAACAUGCACCGUGCAUCAUGUACAUUGAUGAGAUUGACGCCGUUGGGAAAACCAGAAGGUCGUCCAUCAGUGAGGGCCACAAUGAACAGGAGAACACACUCAACCAGCUCCUCGUGGAAAUGGAUGGUAUUACUCCGCUAGAGAGCGUUGUCAUCCUAGCCUCCACCAAUCGAGUGGACAUACUGGAUCAAGCAUUGCUACGUCCUGGGAGAUUUGACCGUCAGAUAUCAAUCGAUCUACCCACUCUUGCCGAGCGAAAGGCUAUAUUUGAGUUGUACCUCGGUCAAGUAUUGUUGGAUCCGGACAGAGGAGUCACUGAUUAUUCAGCACGGCUGGCUGCUCUCACCCCCGGCAACAGUGGUGCUGACAUUGCCAACAUAGUGAACGAGGCUGCACUCCACGCAGCACGCUACAAGAAGAGUGGAGUGAGGGAAGACGACUUUGAGUAUGCUGUAGAGAGAAUAAUAGCCGGUAUGGAGAAGAAGAAUCAUGUGAUGUCAUGUGAGGAGCGUAGGAUUGUAGCAUACCAUGAAGCAGGUCAUGCACUAGUCGGGUGGUGUUUGGAACACACAGACCCCAUCAUGAAGGUGAGCAUCACUCCUCGGACUAAAGGGGCGCUGGGAUUUUCUCAAUACCUUCCCUCAGAUCAGAAACUGUACACCACAGAACAGCUGUUUGAUCGCAUGAGUAUGGCCCUAGGGGGCAGGGCAGCCGAGGCUAUCACCUUCAACAGAAUCACAACAGGAGCUCGGGACGAUCUAGAGAAAGUAACCGAGAUGGCGUAUCGGCAGGUGGCAGAGUUUGGCAUGAGCCCUGUGAUUGGUCACAUCUCCCUACCACCACAGGCCGGGGGUAAGAGGAGCUACAGUCAGAAGCUGUCACGCAUGAUUGAUGAGGAGGUGAAGGAGCUUGUCAACAGAGCAUACUUGAGGGCCAAGCAGAUAUUGGAAGAGCACACAGAGCAGUUAGAGAAAGUGGCAGUCUCGCUACUUGAAAAAGAGGUGGUCAACUACAAGGAUCUGGUGGAUCUGAUUGGUCCAAUGGCUCACGAGAAGAGGUUGCAUCAACACAGUGAACUGGCAGAAAUGUGGACCAAUAGAUAGCUAGUCAUCAUAGCAACAGUCAUGCUGAACACACACUGUACUCUAUUAUUCAUAGUUCAAGUUUUCAUGUGGCACUUAAUUUUUUAAACAUGAAUUUGAAUUCUCUUGAAAGAAUAAACAUA